UCUGAAAGUUUUUAAACAAAAUUAAACUAAACAAACAAUCCAAAUUUACCUCUAUGAAUCUUGUAUGCGCUUCCAAACUUCCGUUGCUUCGAAGUUAUUCAAUUCCUCGGAAAUUCUGUUUCUUACAUUUCUGGUGCCGAUAGCAGGCAUCUAAAUUUCUGAAUAAAUUAUUUGUUGGAUUGACGAAUUGCUGAUACAUACAACAUGUAGAACAGUAUUGCAAAUGGCUGACAGCUCCGGAAAAUUUCACCCCGAUUCGCGAUCCUUUCGGACCUGUGUUUCACACCAACAAAAUAAAUUACUGGACACAUGUUCGUGAACAUAGUUUACCGGUAUGUUGUCCGUAGAUAACAACGGCCUCGUGUACAAUGAGGAAGGAGCUGGCGAAAAUGACCACGACGAAUACCCCCAGCUUCCAACGGAGUCACUGGAGGGUACAGAAGUAUGGACAUAUACCAUGCGUCGGAGUAUGCAGGAGGUGAUUCCAGGUCUUUAUCUCGGACCAUAUAGCUCUGCCAGUAGAGCAAAAUUAGAAACUCUAUUGGAACGUGGUAUAACGCACAUUGUUUGUGUACGACAAGAUAUAGAAGCACAUUUCAUCAGGCCAAAUUUUCCAGAUAGAUUUCAAUACCUUGUACUGGACAUAGCUGAUACAGUUACUGAAAAUAUAAUACAACAUUUUCAAAAAGUAAAAACCUUCAUCGACGAUGCACUAGAUUCUGGUGGUCGUGUCUUGGUACAUGGGAAUGCAGGUAUAUCUAGAUCUGCAGCAUUAGUGUUAGCUUAUGUCAUGGAGACAUAUGGAUUGACACAGCGGAAAGCAUAUGAGAUAGUACAACAGAGAAGAUUUUGUAUUAUUCCUAACGAAGGAUUUAUGGCACAGUUGAGAGAGUAUGAGCCAAUUUACCAGGCACAGAAAACCCUAAGACAUGGUCAGCAAAGUUCAGCUAGACAGCGAAGUAAACGUACGAUUCACCAGAUAGACUCUGAACGAACAGAUGAACGACCUGAUGCAAUGGAUAAUUGACGCUACCUUAUAUAAGUAUCAAAAUUACGUCAAGACUUGAUUCAAACUAGGGAUACAAAUAAGUAAAUAAUCCUCACCUCACUGGUUCGCCAAACACCAUCUAGGGCAAAAUGCAGCAUACUCCACCGAUGGAGCAUAGGAAUUCCAAGAACAGCAUUUGAUCAGAUUUUGAAAUCUUACAUAGACCAAUAACGGGAGAGGUCUUAUUUGUAAACCAUUGAGCCAACAUAUGCCGCGAAUAGCUCCUAUGGAAUUUGGACUUCCAGAUAAAAAUUUACGCCAUAAAGUUGAGAUGAUUAAGUGAUUGACUCCGUUGCUAUAAAAUAUACCAGCUGUUGCCUCUGAGUGUAGCGUGUAUAUCCUGACGAAUACUCUCUGCUCUAUAGUUUAUCUAAAUGUAUAAAAUAGAUGGUUAGUACCAUUAGUACAUUGCGUUGAAAUUAAAAAAACCCAAUCCUGUUGCAGCAAAAAUUUUCUGCAAUCUUUGCAAUACUUAAGUUUUCGUCGACAGUUAAAUGUGAAAACGUCUAUUUGGGAAAACGAAUCUAACACACUGACACUUCUUUCUCAACAUAAGUACCUUUGACACUCCUGGUUUUUAUUCAUUAAUUGAUUAGGUUUGUUUCUAGAUGCUGUUAUUAAUGUAUAAGAGAAAUACAUAUAAUAUUUUCAAGUU